AUGGCACGGUGCAGGUGUAACGGAAGGGCCGUGUGCCUUUGUCUUCUUCCAUUUUUGAUGAUAAGUCAUCUGUUGGUGUAUGUUAUGGUGACCGUAUUUGUCGCCAUGUCCUACACACCUGAGCCUCAGCCUCUGCCUCUUCAUUUCAUAGCCCCUGGAGCGUCGUUGAACUCUGGAGCUCUUGCAUCACAUCCAGUCAAUGCCUUCUGGAACCUGCGUUUGGUAGAGGGGGCUUUGUGGAACCGCCUUCAACACCUCAAGGACAGAGAAAACAAUCCCAUAUUGAGAGGAAAUACCACAGGAGGCAGGGGUCCAGGCACUGAAAGUACUUACAUGAAUGGAAAUGAUGGUUCUCUUCCAUGUGGACCUGAUCAUCAUUGGGCAUCUCAACUGCCUGAUUUUAACACUAUGCCUAAGCAGAUGAAGGACUUUGUCUUGUCCAUGCACUGCCGGAACUACACCCUUUUGAUGAACCAGCCUGACAUGUGCAAUGGACAAGAUACUGAGAUAGAAGCCCCUAUGCUAUUUAUGGCAAUCAAAUCGCAGAUGGGAAACUUUGAGAACAGGCAGGCCAUUAGGGAGACAUGGGGGAGGACUGGCUGGGUACAGGAAGAGGCCAGGGGAGAAAGGUGGCAGGUACGUACUGUCUUCCUGCUUGGAAGGCAGGACAUAACAACAGGUCCACAUCCAGACCUUGAUGCGCUUUUACAGCUAGAGAGCAUCCUUCAUAAGGACAUCCUGCAGUGGGAUUUCAGAGACACGUUCUUUAACCUCACCUUGAAGGAUGUGCUUUUCUGGGACUGGCUCGCCGUUCACUGCCCACAGGCUCACUUCGUCUUCAAAGGAGAUGAUGAUGUUUUUGUUCGGACCGGUGCUCUCUUAGACUACUUAAAUGAACAUCAUUCUCCUCUAAAAGGGACAAAUAAGAAAGUAAAGGAUGAUUUCCUUGUAGGAGAUGUGAUUACUAAUGCUUGGCCCAGUCGCCAGCCAACAGCUAAAUAUUACAUACCUGAGAGCUUUUAUAGAGGUGUGUACCCAGCAUAUGCAGGUGGAGGAGGAGUGGUGUACUCUGCCACUCUGGCCAUGCGGCUGCGAGUAGUCUCACACUGGGUCAGUUUGUUCCCCAUUGAUGAUGUGUACAUGGGGAUGUGUCUCCAGAGACUGGGGGUUUCCCCUAUUCAUCAUCCCGGGAUUUUGACCUUCGAUCUACCCGAGGCCAAGAGAGAGAAGCCGUGUGCUUACCACAAAGUACUACUGGUGCAUAAACGCAGCCCCAAAGAGAUGCUUGCACUGUGGAGGGAUCUAAAGGCUCCACCUGCUGAGUGCUAG